AUGCGAGCCGAAUCGCGUCGGCCGACGCCGCAUCUCGGGGCGUCGACGCAUGAUCGGAACCGUUACAAACACAGCGCACCGGAUUUCUACGCACUGGGUCAGCAAUACACUGAGUUCGGACGAUAUCUCCGCAAUGUCGACGAUGUCAAGUGCCGUGCUUCGCUCGCGUGGGAUGACCCUUUUGCUGUCAGGGAGCUGACGAAGACGCUGCUUUUGCAUGAUUUCGGGUUGCAUUGGGAGAUUCCGAUCAAUCGAUUGUGUCCACCAUUGCCGAACCGAUUGAACUAUCUCCACUGGAUCGAAGACUUGCUUAGUCAGGCCGAUUGGAGCAAGUUUGUUGGGAACGAGCAAGAUCCCAAGGCUAUAGCGAUGGACAAGGAGACUGUAUGCGGGAUCGAUGUGGGCACAGGUGCAAGCUGUAUUUACGCGCUGCUUGGCGCGACGAUGAACAAGUGGAAGUUUAUCGCAACGGAGAUUGAUGCCGAGUCCUUUGCGUGUGCGAAGGAGAAUGUAUCUCGAAAUCAUCUUGAGGCGCUUAUAUCGGUCAAGCGUACACAUACGAACAAGCUGUUGGCGGAGCCGUUGGAGGAUGAGCCACUCAAGCACAAAUUCCACUUUGUUAUGUGCAACCCGCCAUUCUUUGAUAACAUGGAUGAAGCAGACACAAACCCAGAGUCGAGCUGCAUGGGUAGCCCUAACGAGAUGGUAUUUCCAGGAGGCGAGGUGGCGUUCAUCGGGCAAAUGAUUGUGGAGAGCAAGGACUUGCAGAACCGCGUGCUCUGGUUCACCUCGAUGGUUGGCAGGAAAGCGAGUCUGCGCAAGCUUUUGGCUCUGCUUCGCGAGAUGAAGGUGCGAAGCACUCGCACUACUGAGUUCUUUCAGGGACGGACCAAGCGGUGGGGAGUCGCUUGGACUUUUGCUGAGUGUGUGGCAGACAUGACGUCUGGAAAAGUACUGGGUAAGCGAAAAGAAGCUCAUCGUAGGCAGGGGCUUUGCUUUCGGGUGCCAUUGAGGAGUGAAGCAGCAAGGCACGGCUGUACUUCGGCAGCAGCGGUUCAUACGAGAAUUUGUGAAUUUGUCGAUACGGCAGAUGGGCUGCAGCUGUUGAAGGAGACAACGGAUCAAGGCGAAGGGGGAACAGAAGACGAAGGGCGUUGCGAUCGGCAAAGGUAUCGGCUGGAACAGCACGAAUCGGCGCAAGAAACAUCUGAUAUCAAUUCGACCGAAGUGCGUUGCGCUGGUCGAGUGGAAAUACUCGCAUCAAAUGACAGCGAGGGCGGGUUUGAGGUCUCCAUUGUUUUCGAGGAAGGCAACCGAGCGGCGUUCUGGACACUGGCCGAUAUGCUUCAAGCAGCCACGAUUCGUACAGGGCGCCAGUGGAGACGAGCGCAUCGACAACAAGAGCACUACCAGUAA